UUUCUGAGCGCGCAGGCUUUAAGUUUCGUUUCUGCGCGUCUCUCCGGGAGCAGAUCCAGUCUGGAGACAGAUGCGCGCUGAACGUAGACGGAUGAAGUCAACGUGUUUGGUGCUGGCUGUUGAUUGCUGUCGUGUUUCUGCACCGCGGUUCCCCAGAGAUCCCCUGUCAAUCAAACAGUGAGCCACACAGCUUUGUGACAUUGCCGUUGGCUUAUUCUGGUAACAUCCUAAUACGCAUAUAAGCAGAUCUCCGUCAAAAGGUUGUUUUCAGUAUGCAGAGGAGUGUCCAGCUGGGCCUGCUGCUUCUGGUGGUCCAGUUGUUCCAAGAGGGUCUGGGAAACAUCCCAGCAGUCACCCUGGCAGUCCUGGGGUUCAAUGUGUAUCUUUACAUGUUCCCUGCUGCUCCACCAAUACAGGCCUGUGUGAGCCUCCAACGUGUGUUCAGGGAUAAGGAGUGGCGUCGCCUCUUCCUGUCCCCGCUGCACCACGUGGACGACUGGCACCUCUACUUCAACAUGGUGUCCUUCAUCUGGAAAGGGAUGAGGCUGGAGGGGCGUCUGGGUGCAGCCUGGUUCCUCUACCUGCUGUCAGUCUUCUUCCUGCUCGACGGACUCGUCUACUUGCUGCUGCAGGCGGUGCUGACAAAACUCAUCGAGGACUCGAACCCGUUCGUGGCGUUCAGAGACGAGUGUGCUGUCGGCUUCUCAGGUGUCCUGUUUGCUCUAAAGGUGGUCAGUAACCAUUACAACCCAGGGGGUGUGACCUACGUGUUGCAUAUCCGUGUGUCCAAUCGCUUCGCUAGCUGGGUGGAGCUACUGCUGAUCUAUCUAAUUGCUCCCGGGACUUCUUUGGUCGGCCACCUGGCUGGGAUCCUGGUGGGUCUGCUCUACACUUGGGGACCACUGAAGACCAUCAUGAAGAAAUGUGCAGAGUUUGUAUCUUCAGAUUUAAAUGUUCCACGGCCAAGUGUAUUCUUCAGCCCCUCAGGCUACAGCGGUACUAGACGAGAACACUCAGGAGAGCCACAGCCUGCAGAAGAUCAUAUUGCCGAUGAUGCAUCUGAAUAUACAGAGUCUUUUAUCGCAGGACUGACGGAGGACGAGCAGAUAGAUAUGGCGAUCAGAAGAAGCCUGAAUAACAGAGGACAAACCAGCCAAGGAGAAACUGAGCUGCCCGCUGAGGAGGAGCCUGCGGAAGAUCAUAUUGCCGAUGACGUAUCCGAAUAUACAGAGUCUUAUGUCGCAGGACUGACGGAGGAAAAGCAGAUAGAAAUGUUGAUCAGAAGAAGCCUGAAUGAAAGAGUACGGAGCAGGCGGAGAGAAACGGAGCACCCCAUGGAGGAGGAGGUGAGUCCCGAGGAGCUCAGGUCGAGGAGAUUGAAGAGGUUUAAAGAAGACGUUUCCAACCCACGGAGGGGCAGGGGCAGGAGAAGAAGAUUAUAAUGACAGAAAGAGAAUUCACAAUAUCUUUUAUCAUCAGUUUCUUACUAGUCUCGCAUGGGUAAAAAAACACGGGACUUUCACCCCAGGAGACCGGGGGAUCGAGUCCCACGUGUGACGGUUCCUUUCCUCGUUAUUCUUUUCCUAACCACAACUGUCCCGUUCCCCGUUGUUGCGUCCUCCAGACGCGAAAUAAACGUCAAAAUCGUGACCUGGACACGUUCAAAAUUUGUAGCGUGCACACGAAAUAAACGUCGAAAUCGUCACCUGUACACGUUCAAAAUUCGUGGCGUGUACACACGAAAUAAACGUCGAAAUCGUGACCUGUACACGUUCAAAAUUCGUGGCGUGUACACGAAAUAAACGUCGAAAUCGUGACCUGUACAC